GAUCUCACUUCUUACCUUGGAAUCUCAAUUAUUAUCACUCCCUCCAUUCUCAGCUUCCUCUGAAUUCACUGUGCACUAACACUUUGAAUCUAUUACUGUUAUAUCAAAAUUUCCAGGAGCUUGAAAUUCCAAGAUAAUUUUCUUCCAGAGAUUCAAGAAGAAGAUUGAAUGGAAGCAGCAAUAAGAGUUGUAAUGGCUUCACUACGUGAGAAGAUGAAAUCUGAAGGAGUUGAUGUCUCAACAGCAAUAUUUCCUCUACUCAAACUCCUCUCCCUCACAAUCAUAGGCUUAAUUCUUGCCCACCCAAAAGUCCAAUUAGUCCCAAGAUCAACCUACAAGCUUCUUAGCAAGCUUGUUUUUGCUCUCUUCUUGCCUUGCUUGAUAUUCACCCACUUGGGUCCAUCAAUCACUCUCAACAACUUCCUCCUCUGGUGGUUCCUCCCUGUGAAUGUUUUAAUCAGUACUGUCAUUGGCUGUGUUCUGGGAUACCUGGUGGCACUGCUAUGCCAGCCACCGCCGGAAUUCUUUCGAUUUACCAUCGUCACUACCGGGUUUGGUAACACGGGUCAUAUCGCUCUGGCUAUUGUUGGAUCAGUGUGUCAUAACCCAGAUAACCCAUUUGGUUCUGAAUGUAAGAGGUCUGGUAUGGCAUAUGUUUCUCUGACUCAAUGGGUUUCUGUGAUUCUUGUUUACACGUUUGUGUAUCAUAUGAUGGAGCCUCCAUUAGAGUACUAUGAGAUUGUUGAGGAUGAAGAGGAUGAGAUUAUGGAAGUAAUUGAUAAUAGUAAUGUGAGUAGGCCACUUCUGGUUGAGGCAGAGUGGCCAGGGAUGGAAGCUAAAGAGACUGAGCAUUGCAAGACACCUUUUAUAGCCAGAUUGUUCAACACUAAUAGUGAAUCCAACAUUUCAGACAGGAACAUUCCGGACCUUGAAUCAAUUGACGAGGAGAGAAUUAAGUCCAUAAGAUGUUUGGCAGAGCCUAAAGUUGUCAGGAAAAUCCGAGUUGUCGCGGAGAAAACACCAAUUCAACACAUUCUUCAGCCUCCAACCAUUGCUUCUUUCUUGGCAAUUCUUGUUGGAAUCAUUCCUCAGGUCAAGUCUGCAAUUUAUGGCCAGGAUGCAGCGUUAGGCGUCGUUACGGACAGUUUAGACAUCCUGGCUGAGGCUGCAGUGCCGUCUGUGAUGCUGAUACUGGGAGGAAUGCUUGCUGAGGGACCUAAAGAUUCGCGGCUCGGAAUGAGAACCACUGUUGGGAUCAUUGUUACACGGAUUUUGCUGCUGCCUGUAGCAGGAAUAGGGGUGAUAUGUUUAGCAGAUAAAUGGCAUCUUCUGGUGAAGGAUGAUCGAUUGUAUCGGUUCGUGCUUCUGCUGCAAUACACAACACCAAGUGCAAUCCUGUUGGGGGCUGUUGCAAGCCUGAGAGGUUAUGCAGUGAAGGAGGCUUCUGCAUUACUCUUCUGGCAGCAUGUGUUUGCCUUGUUUUCACUUUCAUUCUACAUCAUUGUAUAUUUCAAUCUGCUGCUCCCUUAUGUCUAAAGAUUGAUCUUCCCUUAUCAAAUAUGUAAUCCAUUUAGCACAUAUAUCAUCGCAUUGAUUGAA